AUGGAAAACUUUGGGAGUAACAGAGACAUCAAUCAGAACAAUACAAGCAAUGGCUUUGGUUCCCUUGUCUGGUACUUCCUGCCCACUGUGGUUGCAGUGCCACCAUUUGGGUUUCUAGCCAACUGUCUAGUCAUAUGCCUCCUGCUGGGCAAACCUGGUAUCUGCUCCACCUCAGAGAUCUUUAUACUCAACCUGGCACUAUUCGACAUGCUGUUUUGCUUACUAGUCCUCAUUGAAUACAUCUGCUUCCUGUGCAAUCAAACACUGGAGGCCUCCAACUUCCUGUCAUGGGGUUUGAAUCAAACUGGAGGGCCAAUUUUGCUCUGCAUUUUGGGUUUGGAUAGCUACAUGGCCGUCUGCCACCCGCUGGUCUUCCUACGGCUGAAGGAUCCUAGAGUGCGACUGUCGUUGUGCUUGGUGGUGAGUGCCAUAACCGCUGCAGGUUGUGGCCUGGUGAAGGUCUCUGCAACUUACAAGUGGAAUGUGACAAUGGUGAUCCUGAGCGGUGCCAGUGUAACCAUAUCAACCUGCAACAUCCUGGUUCUCAAGUCCCUCCGCCAAUCAGGACCCAACAAGAAGGAGGUCCAUCCCGUAAAAAAGAGAGCAUUUAACACAGUGCUGACUGCGUUAGUGCUGGUCAACAUCCACUACCUCCCCCCAGUCAUCGAGUCCCUGGUUAAAAAGUUUGGUCCUGGGUUUUUCACACCCUUCUCAUUCCUCAGCGGUAUAACCUACACAGCUCUCUCCCUGAGCAGUUUCGUACAGCCAAUGUGUUAUCUCGUCCGCACCAAACAGCUGCCUAAGAUGAGAUUUUACUGCAGCUCAGCUGCUGAGACAAAAACUGUGGCAACAGUUUAA